AUGAACGAGAAAGAGAUGGCCGACGAAUCUGUCGCUGCCGCGACACCAGCGCGUCAGCCGCCGCAGUUGGGUCAGGAGUCCUUCUGGUCUCCUCGUAUCCGCGAGCAGCGAAUUGGAUACAUCAAAACCAUGGGAUUUGUCACCCUCUUCAUUACGAUUGUCAUCUGGGCGGUGAUGAGUAUCUACUGGGGCUCCGUCUGGAAAGAGAUUGAUCUCUCGCCCAAUCUCACCGCAUGGAUCGUUAACCGUGACUCGGGUGCGGUCGGUGCCGCCGUGCAAGAAGCUUUGCUCGCUGCUAACAAGGGACCCAAGCCUCACAGCACUUGGCUUGUUGUCGAUCCGGCUCGCUUCCCUACUCAAGAACAGCUCGACUAUGAGGUCACCAACACGAUGUCCACCUGGAUGAUCGUCGAGAUUGUCCAACACGCUACCGCCAAGCUCGAGCAGGCGCGAGCGAACGGCGAUGCAUCCUGGGAUCCCAGAUCGCUCGUCUCGGCGACGUAUGCCACCUCACGCAACUUCCAGGUGGUUCCUUCUAUGGUGCUCUCCCCAGCUACAACUACACUGAACAAGGCUCUUGCUCAACUCAGCACGCAGCUCGCAGGGGAAUACUUGGCCACCAUCGCUGGCAACGCGACCGCCGUCAACAAUCUGGGCAAUGCUCCGCAGACCAUCGCAUCGCCGAUCGUGCUCAACAGCCGCGACCUGCGGCCUUAUAACGUACCUGUCGCCAUUGCCGUCUUGGUAGUUGGCCUGAUCUACGUCGUCAUUCUUGCUUUCAACGCUACCAUGGCCAACUUCGCCGCUCGCCAAGGCCUUCUGCCGUAUCUAAAGUUCCGAUCUUUGGUAGCUUUGCGCCUCGUUGCUCCGCUCGUCUGGUACUUGUUCAUGUCGCUCAUGGUCUCGCUCCUUAACAUCGCUUUCGAGGUACCAUUUGGACGCACAUUCAGCUACGGCGCCGGCUUCAUGAUGUGGUGGGCGGUCACCUUUAUGGGCAUGUGCGUCCUCGGCUUUGUCACCGAGUGCGCCAUGUCACUUGUGGGUCAAAAAUUUGUCGGCUUCGCUCUGGUCUUGUGGAUCAUCUUGAAUAUCUCAACUGUCAACUUCCCGAUCGAGUUGAGCCCCUGCUUGUACAAGUACGGCUAUAUGAUGCCAUUCUACAGCAUCCGACAGGUAUACAACAAGGUCAUCUUUGACGUUGGCGAGCCUGUCGAGAUUCUCAAAUGGUUCGGUAUCCUGUGGGCAUGGCUCGUCGUCAUCUUCCUCACCUUGCCCUUCUGGAGUCGCAUGGAGCAGAGGUCAGUGCUCAAGGCUCGUUUGGCUCAGCAGAAUGCCAAGCCGGCGGAUUGGUCGUAA